AUGGAGCGAGAAGAGAAUUUUUCAGGAAAUGCCUUUCGGACUGCUUUUAUAUUAGAUUUUGAGGAUAAGUAUUCGACUUGCCUGGCGCAUUUCGGUGACAUCAAAUUGAACUUCGGCGUUGCUGCCUGUGUAAUUGAGCAUUCGGAUGCGAGAGAUUUCCAGAAUAGGCAGCAGCGUCGAAUCGCCAAGGCUGCGAUCAAUGGGCUGAUUUUUUUUCCUCAUCGCUCCAGUCAGGGCAAGCACGAGCGCUCUUUGCUGAACCACCUGCUCCUCAAUUACAACGUGCUGGAGAGGCCCGUGGCAAACGAAUCGGACCCCUUAGUACUCAGCUUCGGUCUCACGUUAAUGCAGAUCAUUGAUGUGGACGAAAAGAAUCAGAUACUUACAACAAACAUUUGGUUGAACCUGGAAUGGAACGACUACAAUUUGCGCUGGGACCCGGCGCAAUUCGGAGGCGUGAAAGACCUCCGAAUCCCGCCGAAAAAUAUCUGGAAACCGGACGUGCUCAUGUACAACAGUGCGGACGAGGGGUUCGACGGGACGUACAAGACGAACGUCGUGGUGCGCCACAACGGGUCGUGUCUCUACGUGCCCCCCGGGAUCUUCAAGAGCACUUGUAAAAUCGACAUCACUUGGUUCCCGUUUGAUGACCAGAAGUGCGAGAUGAAGUUCGGCUCGUGGACUUACGAUGGUUUCCAGUUGGAUCUAACUCUUCAAAGUGAUGAGGGUGGAGACUUGAGCAGUUUCAUCAAUAAUGGAGAAUGGGACCUGAUCGGGGUCCCGGGAAAGCGGAACUCCAUCACUUACGCCUGCUGCCCGGCGCCGUACGUGGACAUCACGUUUGUGGUUCACAUCCGGCGGCGAACGCUGUACUACUUCUCCAACUUGAUCGUGCCCUGUGUGCUGAUCUCGUCCAUGGCGCUGUUGGGCUUCACGCUGCCGCCGGACUCCGGCGAAAAGCUCACCCUCGGCGUGACAAUCCUCCUGUCCCUGACCGUUUUUCUAAAUAUGGUUGCUGAAAAGAUGCCUUCCACAUCCGAUGCGAUUCCCCUCAUAGGGACUUACUUCAACUGCAUCAUGUUCAUGGUGGCGUCAUCAGUUGUGCUGACUGUGCUUGUGCUCAAUUACCAUCACCGCAACCCAGAAACGCAUGACAUGGCCCCUUGGGUGAAGACAAUCUUCCUGCAGUGGUUGCCGUGGGUGCUGCGGAUGCAGCGGCCCGGCAAGAAGAUCACGCGCAAAACAAUCAUGCUGAACAACAAAAUGCGGAACCUGGAGCUGAAGGAGCGGAGCUCGCGGAGCCUGCUGGCGAAUGUGCUCGACAUCGACGACGACAUCCGCGGCACUAUGGGCAUGGGUAUGGCCAUGGGCAUGCAUUCCCAGGCCGGGAACUCUGCCAGCUACCUUCGCAUCACCGGCAACUCCAUGGACGACUCGGCCACGAUGCACAACUGCCUCACUGCCCAGCGCGAGCUGCAGAUGAUCCUCAAGGUGACGAUUGCGGAAACAUUCCACGUUUCAACUACGCCAAAAAUCCACCCCAACCCCUUCAUCUUCCAUCAUUCCAAUAAUUGCGGAAAUGUUGAAGCAAUGCGGGUCAAGGAAGAGGAAAACAAUUUUUAA